GGGACUCACCUGUGGAUUUGCGCCGUCACGAUGCCUUAUUUGACCAAACCUCUGAUUUUACUUCUGUGUCUGCUCGUUACCGGUGAAUGCCGUAAGCACGGCCACCGGGUGCGGAGAUGGACCGGUACCGUGGAGACCCAGAAGCAUGGCACCUCUUUGUCAAAGAAGCCUCCAGAUGUGACCAAGUCUCGCAAGAUGAAGACAGAGCAUCUGCUCAAAGUAGAUGAUCAUGACUUCACCAUGAGGCCGGCGUUUGGAGGUCCUGCAAUCCCUGUUGGAGUGGAUGUUCAGGUGGAGAGCUUGGACAGCAUCUCUGAAGUUGAUAUGGACUUCACCAUGACCCUGUACUUGAGGCACUACUGGAAGGACGAGCGUCUGUCGUUCACCAGCAGCACCAACAAGAGCAUGACGUUCGACGGUCGCCUGGUGAAGAAGAUCUGGGUCCCUGACGUCUUCUUCGUCCACUCCAAGAGGUCCUUUAUCCACGACACCACCACCGACAACAUCAUGCUGCGCGUCUUUCCUGAUGGGCACGUCCUCUACAGUCUGAGGGUGACAGUAACAGCAGCCUGUAACAUGGACUUCAGCCGCUUCCCUCUGGAUUCUCAGACCUGCUCACUGGAGCUGGAGAGCUACGCCUACACAGAUGAAGACCUGAUGCUGUACUGGAAGAGCGGCGACGAGUCCCUCAGCACUGACGACCGCAUCUCCUUAUCACAGUUCCUGAUCCAGAAGUUCCACACCACGUCUCGCCUGGCCUUCUACAGCAGCACAGGCUGGUACAAUCGUCUCUACAUCAACUUCACGUUGCGACGCCACAUCUUCUUUUUCUUGCUGCAGACGUACUUUCCUGCCACCCUCAUGGUGAUGCUUUCAUGGGUGUCGUUCUGGAUCGACCGCCGGGCUGUGCCGGCCAGAGUCUCCCUGGGCAUCACCACAGUGCUGACCAUGUCCACCAUCAUCACCGGUGUGAACGCGUCCAUGCCCAGGGUGUCCUACAUCAAGGCCGUGGACAUUUACCUCUGGGUCAGCUUUGUCUUUGUCUUCUUGUCUGUGUUGGAGUACGCUGCCGUCAACUACCUGUCCACCGUCCAGGACCGCCGAGAGCGCAAGAUGAGAGAAAGGGCACGGUCUCAGUCGCUGCCCUGCACCUGUGGUAUCUCCCAGACACGAACCAUGACCAUGUUGGACGGCACCUACAGCGAGGCAGACACCAACAGCCUGGCCGGCUACACUGAGGAGCCCAUGGUCCCCGAGGAGGAACACGAAGAGAUGCAUGAGGUUCCAGAGAAACCCGAACACAUGGUGGUCCACCUGUCAGUCAGCAGCGAGUCCACUACCACCAAGAAGAAGAAGAGCCUGCGUGCCCUCAACAUCAUCCAGAACACGCACGCCAUUGACAAAUACUCCCGGAUGAUCUUCCCUGGUUCGUACAUCUUCUUCAACCUUAUCUACUGGUCCGUCUACUGCUGAGAGACGCUCCUGAGUCAGGACUGAAGCAAGAGAGAUUAACACAGAGACAGUAUGAAUGCUGCGUCACUAUGGGAUAUUUCUGGACAAAUCAUAAGUCAUGUUGUACUGUACGUCUGGUGCUGGUAGAUCAUUAGGUUUAAGGCCUUGGACAGUAAAAGAGUCUGAAAAGAUGA